AUGCCCUCCUCUCGCCGCCGUCGCGGGCCCCGUCGGCGCCGCCGCAAGGAGGCGGCGGCGGAGACGAGGAGCUGGGCGGACAUGCCGCUGGACGCGAUCUUGGCCGUCUUCCACAAACUCGACCACAUCGACAUCCUGAUGGCCGCCGACCAGGUGUGCAGCUCCUGGCGCCGCGCGGCGCGGGACGAGCCCGCGCUAUGGCGCCGCAUCGUCAUGCGCGGCAACGCGGAUCUCUCCUCCCGCAUCAACCGCCAGGGGAUCGCCUGCGACGCCGUGCGCCGCAGCGCGGGGCAGUGCGAGGCGUUCUGCGGCGAGUACGCCGGCGACGCCGGGUUCCUGCUGUACCUCAGCGAGGAGUCGAGCACCUACAAACUCGAUCACGUGUUAAUUCCACUUAAUUAAGUAUUAAUUUAUUAUUAUUGUUCAGGUUUAUUUUUGUGUUUCGUCUAAAUCUAAAUUUACGAUUUUCCCUUGUUAGCUAGCCUAGGCAUAUGGCUUCAUCCCUUGAUCUUUUGUUGAUUUUUGGUUCUGGCUACUACAUAGUUAUGCUGUUACACUUAACAUUCAAAAUUUUACAUAUAACUUUGGUUUUUAUCAUCAUGUCAAUUGUUUUCACAUAUAUCUUUAACCAGAAAAUUUGUUUCUGAAACAAUGCAAACCAGAACCAAAAAUACAUAUUCUAGGAAAUACAGAGCACACACAAAAUUCUUUGUUCAGCUGCCCAUAAUAGUUAUAUUUUUGUUGACUGUCGCCCAUAAUAAUUGUUUGUGGAAUUUGGAAUUGUUUAGAUUUCAGAGAGGGGAGAUAGCUACGUGUAGAAAAUAUAUAUUCGAUUCUGUUAAAUGGAUGAACUUCAGAUAUGAGUUCAGACUAUUUGAUAACUGUUAAAUGGACUGAACUUCAAAUACGAGUUCAGACUUAAAGAGAUGAAUACUGACGCUAACUGAAAUUUGUUGGUCAACUUAUGCUUUGAAUAAUUUUACCUAAAUAAUGAGUGCCACACCUGUGGCACGAAGCUGUCCCACCCUGACGUUAUUUACAACUAAAGUUGUCAUCCGGAAAAAAGACCCCAAAAAACUGAAACUUGCCAUCAAAAAGAAAGUUGACAUCCUCACAUCAUCAAAUUUGCCAUAAAAAAUGUUCGGAGUUGCCAUGUGUUCGUGUCACACGUGUGGCAUUUAUCAGGGUCUUACUUUUAACUUUGAAAUGUAGACUUUACUUGGUUGAACUGACACCUGAUUUCAUCCGAGUAAUGCAAAAAAAAGAAACAUAUAUAUUUGUAGGUAAAUAUUGUCCAAGCAUGAAUCUGUGAUCAAACGCUUUCACAAUGCCCUGUUCUCUAUUCCUUUUGUUGAAUUGUUUUAUUUUAGCGGUCGUUUGUUGUUAAGCUGCACAACUGUAGCUAUAUAUUCGCUUUAUAAAAAAAAUCUGAACAUUUUCCAUGCCCCUGUUUUUAUCUUUGCAGGGAUCCCUGUUUGAAGAGCCUUCGCCUCAUCUCAUGCGAUGGCAUCUCACUCGACGAGUUUGCAGAGCUAAUAACAAGGUUUCCUCUGCUCGAGGAGCUCGAGCUAUCUGAGUGUCCAGAGCUACUAGUGGAUUGCUCUGGCUCUCUAUAUCCUGAGGUGUACGAGGUUCUUGGGCGAGCAUGCCCACAGCUGAAGCAUUUCAGGAUGAACAAACAAUACUUCCAAGAACAGAAAUGGGGCAACAAUGACGCCGAUGCCGAGGGGAUUGGAGCCAUGCAUGAGCUGCGCUCGCUGCAGCUCGUGGCCAACGACCUCACCAACAAAGGGCUGGCAGCCAUCUUGGACAACUGCCCGCGCCUGGAGUCUCUGGACAUACGCCAUUGCUUCAAUGUCAAAAUGGACGGCGACGACAGCGGCGGCAAUGACGAGGGCACGCUGCUGCGAGAGAAGUGCGCCCGUAUCAAAACGCUGCGACUCCCCAGCGACUCGACCCAUGACUGCCACCUCGAGGUUCAAAGCCCUAGGUUCGCUCGCACAGAGGAAGAAAUCAGGCGUUCCUGGUCCAUCAGUCCGGUCUACUACUCCCCGUGGCUCCAGGAUUCGGAGGAAGACGACGACGAUUUUUGCCGCAGUCCUUCCCGUUACGAGGCUGACCUCGACAGAUACGAGAAGGUGCUUCCUAGGAGCAUGCGCACCUUCCUCUGAUGACAAGACCAUUCCUCCUGCAUUUCGGGCCUUGUCCAUGUACGCAUAGGCGUGUAGCCAACAUUUUCUCAUGAAGCACCGUGGCCUUGCAUUGUU